AGUGUUAAUUUUGGCAGCUAUUUUUGAUUUAGUCUUAGUCUUAGUCUUUUGACGAAAAUGCAUAUUAGUUUUAGUCACCUUUUAGUCAUUUUAAUCCUUCUUAGUUUUAGUCUAGUUUUAGUCGACGAAAACAAAUUCCAUUUUAGUCUAGUUUUAGUCGACGAAAACAAAUUCCAUUUUAGUCUAGUUUUAGUCGACGAAAACUAAUUCCAUUUUAGUCUAGUUUUAGUCACAUUUAAUAGCCACAUUAAACUCCUUUUCUAUAAAAACAUAUAGCUGCAGCCUUAUAGCUUAAAAAUAUAUAUUUAAUUUUAAAUGUGAAAACAAAAAGGGAGAGCAGGUCAGACUGGAGGCGAACACAGAAACUGAACAUCGGUACAAACCAACUGCAGCUUCUGCUCUGAUGAAGAAGCUGCUGCGCUGAUCUCUGAGCAGCUGAGACCAUAGAAACUCUGGUUUUCACUGUUUCCAUAGUUAAGAAGCAGUCGGUCACUGAGAGGCUGCUCCACGAGAACGCGCUCUGCUUUCACUGUGUCUCUCUGAGCGAGUGCGCGAGGCGGGGGGCGGAGCUACGGACCGGAGCGCUAUCUGGGAGCGCACAGGCACACACACACACACACACAGAUUCACUCGCCCGCUCCUGAUACUUCAUGACGGCCUGAUACGAUGAUGUUUUAAAAAUUAUUGUGACUUAGUCAACCACCAACAUUUUCGUCUCGUCUCGUCUCGUCAACGAAAAUUAAAAUAGAUUUCGUCAUAGUUUUUAUUUUCAAAGAUUCGUUUUCGUUACGUCUUCGUCUCGUCUUCGUCAUGGAAAAAAGGUCGUUAACGAAUAUAUUUCGACAUCGUCUUCGUCAACGAAAUUAACACUGGAGCAAAGAAGAAUUACAACUUUACAAACUUUGGAAUAAGUGUCGUCCUCACUUGGCUCAGCCGCUCUCCAUUGAAGCAGGAGGACGUUGGUGAGCCGGGCUCCAUGGACAAGAGGGUGGUGCUGAUCACGGGCUGCUCCUCGGGGAUCGGACUCAGCCUGGCAGUUCGGCUGGCCUCUGACCCUGACAAAAAGUUCAAAGUCUAUGCCACGAUGAGGAACCUGGCUAAGAAGGAGCGCCUGUUAGAGAGCGUGAAGGGCCUGCACCAGGACACGUUGGACAUCCUCCAAAUGGACGUGACGGAGCGUCAGUCCAUUCUGGAUGCGAGGGACAGGGUUGUGGAGAAGCGGGUGGACAUUCUGGUGUGUAAUGCUGGCGUGGGUCUGAUGGGGCCUCUGGAGCUGCAGUCCUUGGACUCGAUGAGGCAGAUUCUUGAGGUCAACCUCUUGGGCACCAUCCAGACCAUCCAGGCCUUCCUACCGGAGAUGAAGGCGCAAGGUCAGGGCCGCAUUCUGGUAACCGGGAGCACCGGAGGGCUUCACGGUCUCCCUUUCAAUGAGCUGUACUGUGCCAGUAAAUUUGCAAUAGAGGGAGCAUGUGAGAGUUUGGCUGUUCUCCUGCAACACUUCAAUAUCCACGUGAGUCUCAUUGAGUGUGGUCCAGUCAACACGGACUUCCUGGUCAACCUGCAGAAGGCAGAGCUCGGGGAUGCAUCUCUCCAACUGAUCGAUACCCACACACUCGGCCUGUAUGAAAAAUACCUGCAGCACUGCGACUCUGUUUUCCAAAACGCAGCACAGGACACAGAGGACAUUGUCAAGGUAUUUCUAGAAGCCAUCCAGUCCCCCAGCCCUGCCUUCAGAUACUUCACCAGCGGUGUCGUUCCACCUCUUACCCAGCUGAAGAUCACCGAACCAGACGGCUCCCAGUGCAUCCGUGCUAUGAGCAAAAUCAUUUUCUCAGCCGAGGAGAACUAACUUCCACUCUAGCAAAUGCAGGCCUCUGCUUCAUAUGCAGACUCUGCCUCCCUUUACUUUAGAUAAAGAGGAAGAUAUUUUGUUUUCAUUAGGUUUCCUGGAAUAAAGUUGAUACUCUCUGACUCACUCUUGUCGCUCAACUGGAAAGGGCAGUAGAUUAAGUAUUCUCUGGAAAGAGUUCACACAAGGGGAGGAUUCCAUGCUUCUAUUUUCGUGUGUAACUUAUCGCGCUCACAUUUCUUAUCACAAAAAAAAAAUACAAACAUAGAAAAUC